UGUGCUGAUGCCCACCAUAGGCUACAGUGUGUGCCAGGUGGGCUCUGGGGAUGCAGAGAUAAUCAUGUUCCCCACCUGGUGGAUUUCACUAUCUAGUGGAGGGUGGACCAAAUUACCAAAUGACAGAAUUCUCAGGGCUGGGGAAGAGUCACUGCUGGCUACAGGAAAGUGAAUGAGGCAAGGGAACUCAGCCUCCAUGGUGGCUUGGACUCCUCCAGGCCAAUAGGAUGGGGAGGGUGCUCUCUGCACAGUCUAUGCAGCCUAGGGGUAGGGAAACAGGGCUGAGUGAAAGAUUCUAGGGGCUGGAGCAUGGACUGCAGGGGGCAGAUGGGGGUAGAGCAGAGAUGGGGCCAGGCUGAUGGGAAGACGCUGGAUGGAGGAUUUGGAUCCAUAUUUGUGGACAGCCAGGAGUCAACAAAGUAGGGAGAGGAUUCUCGGCUCCAGAGCAUUGGCUCUGACACAAGGGCUACUAUCACUGAGUGCCCACGUGUGCCCCACACUGUGCUAACCAUAAUAACAACCGCAUUCAUUGAGCACUCACCAGGCACCAGGCUCUGCUUCUCGGAGAUUUUGUUGUUUAAUCUUCACACUAACCCAGGGAGGGAGGUUAUUACCCUUUGCGUUCACAGGGAGAUGAAGGCACAAACUCCAAGUCACAUAGCUAGAAAGUGGCCAAGCCAGGACUUGAACCCAGAGCUGUCCAUUGGGGCAAAGGCUGCUCCUCUCCCUGACACUAUGGCUUUCCUUCAGUGAGUGGGGCUAAACUGAAUGUGGUUUUCAAGUCUGUCCCAUCAAAUGGCUGGAGAAGGGGUCAGUGGACAUCCACUGUCCAUGGCCUAGCCCCAUGCAGGGUCCCAGCAAUGAGCAAGGCCCUUCCUUCCCAGCUCCCUGCCUGAGGAGAGACCUGCCCAAGCUGGUGUCAGAAGCUGGCAACCACAACCUGCUGGCCACCUGCACCCCAGGCCGAUACAGUGGGCCAUCAGCCAGGCUGGGGUGUUCUGAGCAAGAACUGAAGGCUUCUGAGAAGGGCCCAUGGCGGAUACCCAGUACAUCCUGCCCAAUGACAUCGGCGUAUCUAGCCUGGACUGCCGCGAGGCCUUCCACCUGCUGUCACCCACAGAGCGCCUCUAUGCCCAUCACCUGUCCAGGGCCGCCUGGUACGGAGGCCUGGCUGUACUGUUGCAGACCUCCCCUGAGGCCCCCUACAUCUACACUCUCCUCAGCCGCCUCUUCCGCACCCAGGACCCUGACCAACUGCGCCAACAUGCCCUGGCUGAAGGCCUUACCGAGGAGGAGUAUCAGGCGUUCCUGGUCUAUGCUGCGGGGGUCUACUCCAAUAUGGGCAACUACAAAUCCUUCGGCGACACCAAAUUUGUUCCCAACCUGCCCAAGGAGAAGCUGGAACGUGUGAUCCUGGGGAGUAAGGCCGCUCAGCAGCAUCCAAAAGAAGUCAGGGACCUCUGGCAGACUUGCGGGGAGCUUAUGUUCUCUCUAGAGCCGAGACUUCGGCACCUUGGACUGGGGAAGGAGGGAAUCACCACCUAUUUCUCUGGGGAUUGUACCAUGGAGGAUGCCAAGCUGGCUCAAGACUUUCUGGAUUCCCAGAACCUCAGUGCCUACAACACACGGCUCUUCAAGGAUGUCGACCAGGAAGGGAAGCCCCGCUAUGAGGUGCGGCUGGCUUCUGUGCUCAGCACAGAUCCUGCUCUAGACUCCGAAUUGACUUCCAAGCUGAAGAGCUACGAAUUCMAGGGGAGCCACUUCCAGGUGACCCGGGGGGACUAUGCCCCCCUCCUCCAGAAGGUGGUAGAUCACCUGGAGAAAGCCAAGGCAUAUGCAGCCAACAGCCACCAGGAGCAGAUGCUGGCCCAGUACAUCGAAAGCUUCACCCAGGGAUCCAUUGAGGCCCACAAGAGGGGCUCCCGCUUCUGGAUCCAGGACAAAGGCCCCAUCGUGGAGAGUUACAUCGGGUUUAUUGAGAGCUACCGAGACCCCUUUGGUUCCCGAGGAGAGUUUGAAGGAUUUGUGGCCAUGGUGAACAAGGCCAUGAGUGCCAAGUUCGAGCGGCUGGUAGAGAGCGCAGAGCAGCUGCUGAAGGAGCUGCCCUGGCCACCGGCCUUCGAGAAGGACAAGUUCCUCACCCCAGACUUCACCUCCCUUGAUGUCCUCACCUUCGCUGGCUCUGGCAUCCCUGCUGGCAUCAACAUCCCCAACUACGACGACCUGAGGCAGACSGAAGGCUUUAAGAACGUGUCCCUGGGGAACGUCCUGGCUGUGGCCUAUGCCACACAACGGGAGAAGCUCACGUUCCUGGAGGAGGAGGACAAGGACCUGUACACCCGCUGGAAGGGGCCCUCCUUUGAUGUGCAGGUGGGGCUGCACGAGCUGCUGGGCCAUGGCAGUGGCAAGCUCUUUGCCCAGGAUGAGAAGGGAGUGUUCAACUUUGACCAGGAGACAGUGAUCAAUCCAGAGACGGGGGAGCAGAUUCAGAGCUGGUACCGGAGUGGGGAGACCUGGGACAGCAAGUUCAGCACCAUYGCCUCGAGCUACGAAGAGUGCCGGGCUGAGAGCGUGGGCCUCUACCUCUGCCUCAACCCCCAAGUGCUGGAGAUCUUCGGCUUCAAGGGGGCUGAUGCGGAAGACGUGAUCUACGUGAACUGGCUCAACAUGGUUCGGGCUGGGCUGCUGGCUCUGGAGUUCUACACCCCAGAGGCCUCCAACUGGCGCCAGGCUCACAUGCAGGCCCGAUUUGUGAUCCUGCGGGUCUUGCUGGAGGCGGGCGAGGGACUUGUGACCGUCACUCCCACUACCGGUUCUGAUGGCCGCCCAGAUGCCCGGGUCCGCCUAGACCGCAGCAAGAUCCGGUCUGUGGGCAGGCCUGCGCUGGAGCGGUUCCUGCGGAGACUGCAGGUGCUGAAGUCCACCGGGGAUGUGGCUGGAGGGAGGGCCCUGUAUGAGGGUUAUGCGGCUGUCACUGAUGCGCCCCCCGAGUGCUUCCUCUCUCUCAGGGACACGGUGCUGCUGCGCAAGGAGUCACGGAAGCUGAUUGUUCAGCCCAACACUCGCCUUGAAGGCUCAGAAGUGCAGCUUCUGGAGUACGAGGCCUCAGCUGCUGGCCUCAUCAGAUCCUUCACAGAGCGCUUCCUAGAAGAUGGACCUGAGUUGGAGGAGGUCCUCACCCAGCUGGCCACAGCUGAUGCCCGGUUUUGGGAGAGCCCCAGUGAGGCCCAGUCUGGCCAGGCUUGAGAAGAUUUGUGUGGCCCUGCCCCCCACUCCAUCAAACCAGGACUACCAGUGGCCCUCCAAUGUGUGUGUAGCUAUGGGUCAGCGGAGGGGCAGGAGCUCAAACUUUGGUGCUACCUCAUCUGAGGGUGGUGAUGCUAACCCCUUCCAUUUGUCAGCACUUUCCAGUUUACCAAGUGCAUCUCCUCUGUGAUUUGAGCUGCACUGCCAUGUAUGGAGAGCAUACGCAGGGCUUCUUGUCCUGUUUCCCAGAUGAGGAACUGGUAGUUCAGUGACUGGUCUAGAUCUUGCAGGUGGCGUGUGACAAAAAGCCAGGGCUCAAAAUCUUCUCACCAAAUCCAAUGCUCUUCAUGUAUUACUUUUAUAACCAGAAAAAUAAAUAAUAGAAACAACCACCAUC